GCACUACAAAUAGUAGAGCAGGGAGGAGAAGUGAACGGCCAUAAUCAGGGAUCCAGUUUUUGACCGAAACAACGACUUCUAUAGCAUAUAAUCUUCGUCUGUCUUAUCCCAUAUAUCAUUCGCAUAUUUGUGGACUCCAUAAGGCUAGCUUUCUUUGGACAUUGAGAAUGGGAAGUAACUGUGAAACAAAAUAUGCGGCUUACACCUACGAGAAUCUUGAGAGGGAGCCCUACUGGCCUUCGGAGAACCUCCGAAUUUCAAUUACUGGAGCUGGUGGAUUUAUUGCAUCACAUAUUGCCAGGCGUUUGAAGAGUGAGGGCCAUUACAUCAUAGCUUCUGACUGGAAGAAAAAUGAGCACAUGACAGAAGACAUGUUCUGUGAUGAAUUCCACCUCGUUGAUCUCAGGGUUAUGGACAACUGUCUUAAAGUCACUAAAGGAGUUGAUCAUGUCUUCAAUCUAGCAGCAGAUAUGGGAGGCAUGGGCUUCAUACAAUCCAACCACUCAGUCAUCAUGUAUAACAACACAAUGAUCAGUUUUAAUAUGAUUGAAGCCGCAAGGAUCAAUGGGGUCAGAAGGUUCUUUUAUGCAUCCAGUGCUUGCAUCUAUCCUGAAUUCAAACAAUUGGACACUAAUGUCAGCCUGAAAGAGUCUGAUGCUUGGCCAGCUGAGCCCCAAGACGCUUAUGGCUUAGAGAAGUUGGCAACUGAAGAAAUUUGUAAGCACUACAACAAGGACUUUGGAAUUGAGUGCCGGAUUGGAAGGUUCCAUAACAUUUAUGGUCCAUUUGGGACAUGGAAAGGUGGGAGGGAAAAAGCACCAGCUGCAUUUUGUAGGAAGGCCAUUACCUCCACUGACAAGUUUGAGAUGUGGGGAGAUGGGCUACAAACUCGAUCUUUUACCUUCAUUGAUGAAUGUGUUGAAGGUGUUUUGAGAUUGACGAAAUCAGACUUCCGAGAGCCGGUAAAUAUUGGAAGCGAUGAGAUGGUGAGCAUGAAUGAGAUGGCUGAGAUGGUACUGAGUUCAUUCCGAGAGCCGGUAAAAAUGUGUGCUGCCUCCGUUGUUCAUUUCUCGAGGAAACAUUUCUUCAGUAAUUCAGUCCCUAGUCUUUACCUCUCAUGAUAUCCAUUCUGGUUUUCUGCCAUUUCUACCAUGGUUUGUUAAGGCCCCAGUUUUCUUAAUUGUUUUUCCAUUCUGCUAUCUCCUCAUUGGCUCUCAUUUCUUAUUAGUGGUUUACUGCUUCUUUAUUCAUCUCGUUAUUGUUAUCCAAUUUAUUAUGGCGGGACAAAUACACAAGAA